AGUGGGACAUGAGUGUGAUGGCUGUAUAAACACGGUAAUCUAUCUCAGAAACGUCGAAAUAGAAGACAAUCGUACUUAUAUAUUUUGCAGUCGAAUCCAGAGAUCCUCGAAGUUGCUUAUUAGACUCGGACACGCACUCUGAUAGUAUAUCACGCAUUGACAACGACGGAGCUCUGCAGAAAGCUGUCUCAUCACGAAAACUUCUUACUAGUUUUCUUACUGCAACAGACAUGUUUGAUCAGACGCAAGCAUUGACAGUAGCAGGAAAGCUCUGAGCGACGUUUUCAUCCGGAAUUUUUCUACUAAUUCAGAACUCUCACCUGCUUGAACUUGCAGAAGAACAAAGGUAGCCAUGUUGGGAAAUGGGGUGGUGGGGAUUUUAUCAGAAUCAACCAACAAGUGGGAAAGAAGGGUGCCUCUCACGCCAUCCCACUGUGCAAAACUGUUGCAUGGAGGUAGAGGCAAAACAGGGGUGGCCCGGAUCAUUGUUCAGCCUUCUACAAAGCGCAUUCAUCAUGAUUCUCUUUAUGAGGAUGUGGGCUGUGAAAUUUCUGAGGAUUUGUCGGACUGUGGCCUUAUUUUGGGCAUUAAACAACCCAAGCUGGACAUGAUACUUCCUGACAGGGCUUAUGCCUUUUUUUCACAUACUCACAAGGCACAAAGGGAAAAUAUGCCCUUGCUUGACAAGAUUCUAGCUGAGAAGGCUUCGUUGUUUGAUUAUGAGCUUAUUGUUGGAGACCAUGGAAAGAGAUUACUAGCAUUCGGAAAGUUUGCUGGUAGAGCUGGAAUGGUUGACUUUUUACAUGGAUUAGGACAGAGGUAUCUUAGUCUUGGGUAUUCAACUCCUUUCCUGUCUCUGGGAGCAUCUUAUAUGUAUUCUUCAUUAGCUGCUGCUAAGGCUGCAGUAAUUUCAGUUGGGGAAGAGAUUGCCACCAUGGGACUUCCAUCUGGAAUCUGUCCUUUAGUUUUUGUUUUUACUGGUUCAGGAAAUGUUUCACAUGGAGCACAAGAGAUCUUUAAACUUCUGCCUCACACUCCCAUGGAUCCUUGCAGACUUCCUGAAAUAUUUGGGAAGGCUAAAGAUCCUGCACGUCCAGCAAAGAGAGUCUUUCAAGUUUAUGGCUGUGUUGUAACCUCUAAGGACAUGGUGGAACCUGAAGAACCUUCGAAAUUUUUUGAUAAGGCUGACUAUUACGCACAUCCAGAGCACUACAUUCCUGUUUUCCAUGAAAAGAUUGCCCCUUAUGCAUCUGUGAUAGUUAACUGUAUGUAUUGGGAGAAAAGAUUUCCUCAGCUAUUGACGACCAAGCAGCUGCAAGAUCUGAUGAGUAAAGACUGUCCACUCGUUGGAGUUUGUGACAUUACAUGUGACAUAGGUGGCUCAUUGGAGAUUGUUAACCAAACCACAUCAAUUGAUUCUCCUUUCUUUAGAUAUGAUCCUUUCCAAGAUUCGUACCAUUAUGAUCUUGAUGGUGAGGGAGUGAUCUGCUCUGCUGUUGACAUUCUUCCAACCGAGUUUGCAAAAGAGGCUUCCCAGCAUUUUGGAGAUAUUUUAUCCCAGUUUAUUGGAAGCUUAAUCUCUAUACCAAAUAUUGAGGAGUUACCUCUGCACUUAAAGAGAGCUUGCAUAGCGCAUCGUGGAGCACUGACUCCACUUUAUGAAUAUAUACGGCGGAUGCAAAACUCUGAUGUUGAAGAUCCUUCUAGAAAUCUUGAAAAAGUCUACCCUGAUAAGAAGAAGUAUACUACAUUGGUAUGUUUCUUCGGUAGACCACCUCUGCUACUCCGUUAUAGUACACUCCAUUUGGCAUUCUCAGCCAAAGGAAAUGCAUGCCCAGAACUAUGA